AACACCUCUCUAACAGCAUCUGCAGUUGUCAGGGUGACCAAGUAAAUCUCUCCCACCCUCUCUAAUUACGUUCUGUUAUGAAGUGAAAAACUUAUUUUGCAACGCACCCCAAGGCGAUAAAGUUAACAAACAAUGGCUACAAUACAGAUUAAAGAGGGGGAAUUCACCUCAACAAUUUAUGGGCAUAUACGUGAUCAACGUUAUGUAGAUGCUGUGCGAUUAUUGAACCACCAGCUUGAAACACACCCAACUUCACGUGCUGCGCUAUCUUUGCUGGGAUACUGCCAUUUUCAACUGCAGAGCUUUGUCGAUGCUGCAGACUGCUAUGAACAACUGUCCAUUCUACAUCCAGAUGUUGAGAACUACAAACUUUAUUAUGCUCAGUCGUUAUAUAAAGCAUGUCUUUACCAAGAGGCAAUGAAAAUCGCUUGUCAAAUUGAGAGUUCAGAUUAUCAGGUGAAGGUUACCAAACUGCAAGCUGCUAUAAAAUAUGGAGAAGAGGACCUUCCUGGGGCAAAAGCUCUGGUUGACCAAUGUCCACAGCAGGAUUCUGACACUGAAUUAAAUCAAGCUUGUAUCUUAUUCAAGGAAAGCCAUUAUGAAGAGGCAUGUAAGAAAUUUGUUGCUGCCAUGCAAGUCACUGGUUACAAUGCUGAGACAGCCUAUAGUAUUGCAUUGUGCUUCUAUAUGAUGAAGCAGUAUUCGGCCUCAUUAAAGUAUAUUAAUGAAAUUAUUGAGAGAGGAGCACAGGAGCAUCCAGAUCUUGAUAUUGGUAUGACUACAAUGGGACUGGAAACCCGUAGUGUUGGGAACACAUUAGUAUUACAAGAGACAGGACUUGUACAAGCUUUCAAUCUUAAAGCUAACAUUGAAUAUCAACUGAAAAAUAUAAAAGCUGCACGUGAGGCCCUUACUGACAUGCCCCCACGCUCUGAAGAGGAGCUAGAUGUUGUGACCUUACACAAUCAAGCACUUAUCAACAUGGACAUUGAACCAACUCGCGGCUUUGGCAAACUACAGUUCCUCAUGCAACAGCCAACAUUUCCUCCAGAAACCUUUGGAAAUCUUCUCAUUCUUUAUAUAAAAUAUGAAUAUUUUGACCUUGCUGCAGAUGUUCUCGCAGAAAAUGCUCACCUUACAUUCAAAUACCUGAUGCCAGAACUUUAUGACUUCCUUGAAGCUGUCAUCAUGAGACAAACAUCCCCCGAAGAUGCUUAUCGUAAACUUGAUGAGAUGGCUAGCAGAAAGACAGAAACCUUGCGUAAACUCACUAAACAGGUGCAGCAGUCAAAGCAGAAUGGUGAUGAAGAAACCUUGAAGAAAGCUGUGAAUGAAUAUGAUGAUGCACUGGAAACAUACAUCCCGAUCUUGAUGCAGCAAGCUCGCAUCCACUGGGAUAUGGAGAACUAUGCACAGGUUGAGAAGAUCUUCCAGACUUCAGUGGAAUUUUGUAAUGACCAUGAUAUAUGGAAGUUAAAUGUCGCACACGUCUUGUUUAUGCAGGAAAAAUAUAAAGACGCCACAGGCUUUUAUGAAGCCAUUCUCAAGAAGAAUUAUGAACAAUUACAAGACAUCAGUGCAAUUGUUUUGGCCAAUCUUUGUGUGUCUUACAUUAUGACCAAUCAGAAUGAAGAAGCAGAAGCUGUGAUGCGAAAACUUGAACAAGAAGAAGAGAAGUUGGCACACACUGACCCAGAUAAAAAGGUCUACCAUUUGUGUAUCGUCAAUAUGGUUAUUGGAACCCUUUACUGUGCUAAAGGAAACUAUGAGUUUGGAAUCUCUCGUGUAAUCAAGAGUUUAGAACCUUAUCAGAAGAAGCUGGUGACAGACACCUGGUUUUAUGCCAAGAGAUGUUUCUUGUCUUUAAUUGAAAACAUGGCCAAGCACAUGGUUAUGAUCCGUGAUUCUGUUGUGCAAGAAUGCAUAACUUUUCUAGAACAUUGUGAAAUCCAUGGUCUUGAGGUGAAAGCCAUGACGGAACAACCUCUGGAAGAAGAACCAUUAAAUCCUGGAAAGAACACAGUUUCUUAUGAAGCACGGAUGUUGAAAAGUAUUCUUAUGCAGUUGUAGCCGAUCAAAUUUACAGAAGGAUGCAACCAGUAAAUUUUAUCCAUUCUAUCAGUGACUAACACACUGCUAAUGUUCUGACUGUUACGUUUUAUAACACAAGACUACACAGAAACAUACUGAGACCAUUACAUCGCACUUUACAACACAACUCUUUUACUUGUUUCAGUCAUUUGACUGUGGCCAUGCUGGAGCACCGCCUUUAGUUAAGCAAAUCAACCCCAGGACUUAUUCUUUGUAAGCCUAGU